CUUUAUAUGAUAUUAAAGGAGUUUUCGAACUUGGAAAAUGUUAUACUGAAGAUUAUAAAGUUAAUAUAAGGGAUGAAUAUAUUCAACUAAGUGAAAGACCAACGGAAUUUGCAUUAAAAGAAAUCCUCAAUGAUGAAUACUUGAAUGAG